AUGUCGACUGUCCCCCCUCGGGCUUCAUACAGCUACCGAGUUGGUACAUUUUUGCUUCCUACUGUCAGGUCUGGUUUGCAGCCUCCAGUCCAGUGGUUCAUCACACAAGGAGUUUCUGUCUGGUACCCAUGGACCAGUCACCAAGCACAGGAGGCUCAGGAGUGGCCUCAUCUCUUUGAUGCUAUCACUCCUCCAGUGCAUAUUUUGCAAGAGCUUCAUGCUUAUCUUCAGCAACCUGUAUCUCCCUCUGGUUCUUCUCAAAAUGGUCACGAGAAUGCAAGCGGUCCCCUGACAGACAUUGAUAGCUCAGCUCUACCUGACACCAGUAUCCUCAAUGUUGAUAUGCUUGGAGGCAUGUUCAAUCCUGAUUCUUCCACUUCCCUGCCUUUUCCAGCUGAAGGAUCACCUACAUUAUCAACUUCCGGCAAUCUUCUGGGAUGGAUCUCAUUCUUCAAGGCAAGGAACAAGCACAAUGCUCAAAGAGAGAAGACAGAGUCCAAACAACAUCAUGCCUUGAGACUUGGCCAUGAGAAAAACCCUCCUACAACGCAUGCACGGGGCCUUUACGAAUGGGUGGAAGAUCCUUUUCCUGAUGUUUGUAGUGACGAUGAAGAUUUCUAUGGAAUGGACAUUCUGGAUAAUGACUACAAUGAUGGUCCAUAUGAUGCUGAAGCUGAUUUGGCAUCACAGAAAUUCCAGAGAAUGCCAAGUCCUGACAUCUCUGUUAUAGAGGGACAUGAUGACCAAAAGACUGAGGAAACUCCUGAUUUUCUCUAUACCUUGACCUCACAAUUUGGAUUCAUUCCACCUAUCAUUGUCAAUGAUCCACUAGAGGUGGCACAGAUUUUAUCCUCUUCCACCGCAGAUGCCAUAUUACAGUUCUUGGGUGACAUUUCAAGCAAGCAAAAUCCCGCAGUUGGUAGAUGGGAUGUUGAUCCUGGGGACCAGCAAAGUCUAUCUUUUCAUCCUUGUUUGUUCACACUCAAGGCUGAUCCUGGAUCCUUGCUGUACAUAAUAGGCAAGAUGUAUACAAGAAUCCCCUUCCACACACUAGUUCGUCUCAGCAAUACUUUCGGUGCUCACAAACCACUGGCUCUUCCUCUUAUUUCCUUUCAACUGGUGGACUACAAAUUUACCGCAAGGGAUUACCAAGCCUAUGUCGAGAACUGCACAAACAUCCUAAGUAAACCUCAAGGCUGCACAGCUCUUCUCCGAGGAGGAAUCGUUUGGCACCUCGCUAAGGAGCAUCUCAGUUUGGAUGCUGCACUUCAUGGACUCUCCAGUACUGUUACUCAAAACCACACCGGGUUUGUUUUCAGGGACAGAGGUGAUGCAUGGAGCCUGUGGGAUGACAAUCUUGUUAAUGAAGAAGCUAAUCUCAUCUGCGGUUUGUACAAGUGCUAUACUGAUUCUGGCUUACAAGUAGCUUUCAAGUCUUGGUGGCCACUUCCAUUUACUUGGAAUGUGGCUGGUGUCAAUAUGGGUUUUUGGUCAGGUGAAAAUGAGCAGUGGUAUCAGAAGAGAUUACAGGAAAUUCUAGAAGGAAAGGCUGAACCUCUGGGUGUAGAUCAAUGGCAAAACAAGCUAAGAGGCUAUCCUGUUACAUGCAAGCUCCAAGCAGGGCUUUAUGACUUAUCAUGCCUCCCAGGUCUUGUGUAG